CAAAAUCGUAGAAGUUGCCCCUCUCUAACCAAAAAUGGCGAGCUCUCUACGACACGGGUUCACCAAAUUCCGAUCACCACUUUUCUCCGGGACCAGAUUGAUCUCGUCGGAAUCUCACACGGUGGUGGAGACCACGAUUCCCGAUAUCGGCAUCGUCUCUGGAAUCCCCGAACAGCAUCUCAAAAGAAGGGUCGUAAUAUACUCUCCUGCUCGAACAGCAUCACAACAAGGUUCUGGGAAAGUUGGGAAAUGGAAAAUUAAUUUCCUUUCUACACAGAAAUGGGAAAAUCCAUUGAUGGGUUGGACAUCCACAGGUGAUCCCUAUGCCAAUGUGGGUGAUGCAGGACUGAGUUUUGAAAGUGAACAAGCUGCAAAGGAAUUUGCUGAGAAACAUGGCUGGGAUUAUACGGUUAAGAAGCGUCACACUCCACUUCUAAGGGUCAAGACUUAUGCAGACAACUUCAAGUGGAAGGGGCUACCAAAGAGCGAGGAGAAGUGAAUUGUGUAAUUAUCAGAUCCCAAAGCUCUGAGGCCUGUGGGUGAUGAGCUUGAUUUCUUGUUCCAAUUUGGUUUUCCUAGACUCGUUUAUAUCUUGGUAUGUUGUUGUCUAUGAUUUAUCUGAAAAUAACA